UUCUGGACAAGAGGUGCAGCGAGUGAGUGUCAUCACAGAUCUGCCAAACCUGCUGAGGGACAACAACGCUGAGUGUAUGAGGAGAGUGGUGCCUAAAGUCAGGGAGGUUCUCCAUGUGGCAAACAUUGACAUGCAACUGGCAGCAGCCACCGCUUUCUUGCAGAUACUGGAGAAAAAGCUGGUGACCGUGGAAGAGUACAAGAAAACUUUCUUACAGACAAUACUCACUUCUGUGGACAAUAAAAAUGAAGAGGUGGCAAAUGCCUGGCUGGAGACACUGUUAAGUUGCAUUGACUUGUUACCAAAGGAUGUUGUAGAGAAGGAUAUACUUCAUGGAGAAAAUUAUGUAUUAUCAAUAGCAGUGAACAAAGGACAACUGUGCCAGACCCUGCAGGCUAGACUGUCUUGUUGUAAGAUUCUGGGGAAAGUGUCUUCAAAAUUUGAACAUUUUGUAGUAAAAAAUGAUGUCCUGCCAGUUGUACUGUCAUUGUGUGGUGAUGUUGAGUAUGAUGUACGGGCAUGUAUGUGUCAGCGGCUGGAUGUUAUAGCUCGGGGACUUGGACUGGAGUUAACCAAAUCCAAGCUCCUGCCUCAGUUGAUUGAGUUGUCAGAAGAUGAAUCACAGAAUGUGGUGUGUGCAUGUUUGGAAACUACAGCUAACAUUAUUGGAAUGCUCGACCGUGAAGCUACUGUGAAUGCAAUAGUCCCAAUGGUGAAAGAGUUGCUGGACAAGGCCAUGAAAAAUGUGAACGCCAGCCUGCCUGUAGCUUCCAGGCUGUUUGGUAGACUCUGUCACAGUUUGUUAGAGUACAUGUCUGUGGAUGACAAGGCAUAUUUCCUUGACUAUUUUCGCAAGCUUUGCAGAACUGGCUUGUCUGAAAAAAGGAGUAAAGAUGAAGCAAUAAAGUUAUUGGAUGCUUUGGAUAUUUUUGAGACAUCAACAGAUGCAAGCACAGAGACCAGACAGAAUGCAGCUUACAACUUCCCUGCAAUGGUGCUGUUUACUGAACCCAAGUUAUUCCGUUUAGAACUGUACCCUUGUUUCAGCCAGUUGUGUAAAGACCCCCAUCUUGCUGUAAGGAAGACAGUAGCUAUGGGCUUCCAUGAGGUUGCCAAGGUCCUUGGGUCAAACGUUGGUCUUGUCUUUCCAGAGUUGAACUCCCUGUUAAUGGACCCUGAUAUAGAGAUUUUGAAAGCAGUAGUUCCCAAUUUUAAAGAAAUCAUGUCACCUCUAUCAGCCAUUGGGGUUGACCAGUUUACAGAACAUAGGGUCCAUGUGGUGCAAGAAGUGGUCAGCCACUUUCUUAAAACAGAGAGUAUUAUAUUCAGUUCCCCUUGCUGGCGUACACAAGAGGCCAUGAUGAGAUCAAUGGAAUCACUGUAUCUUCUGUGCACUAAUGAUUAUAUUUACAACAAAGUUAUACCAUUACUUCUGGAGAAACUCAAAACUGGGAGAGCUCGACUAGUGAAAGUUGCAGCAGCUAAAACAUUGACUGUUUUAACCCGGCACCUGAGGUACAGAGGACAGAGAGAUGAGGUGGUCCAAACACUGAUAGAUGAGUUUCACAGAAGUGACAGUUGCUUUCGGCGCAGCCUCUUCAUUGACCUGGCUUUCUGUUAUCUACAAAUCAACUCCAAGCAAGCUUUCAAGGAUAACUUUUUUGACUACAUUUUAAACAUGAAAUCAGAUCGAGUGGCUACUGUCAGAUUGAAAAUGUUGACCAUUUUUCCUGAGAUGAAACGGAGUCUCAAGUUGCCACGAGAUCAAACACUACGUACAGCCCUGGACACUGUACUGAGGCAGAUCAUUGUGUAUGACAAGGACACAGAUGUGCAGCGUGCUGCUCAGCAGAUGUCAGAAGAACUUGCUAUGAUCCAUGAGGGCAGUGAUAACACUAGAUCCAACAGAAGGAUUUUAACAGAAGAAGAGGAAGAGGAUCUAAAGAGGGAAAAUGAAGAAAGAGAUAUUUUUGUCAAGGAAGACCAGGACAGAAAAGAAGAUGAAUCAAAAGCCAUAAAGGACAAGAGAAACUCUAUCAGUGGCAACAAGAAAGAUGCUCAAUCAAAGAUUCCAAGCAGCAAGAAAACAGGUUCUGGCCCACUGAAAGUGCUCCCUGGUGGAGGCUCAAAAGGUGAUGGUCUACAUCAGCUAGUGACUAAGAAAACAUCAGUGUCCUCUGUCACACCUGUCAGUGUUACCAACAAAGCUUCUGUGACAUCACUCACAGCUGGUGCUGUCAACAAAAAGUCUCCAGUAACAGGCAGAAAGAGCCAGCCUAACACUCCUUCAGCCCUGCAGUCACCAGUAGCAGCAGUUUCUUCUUCGAGAAGAGGCUCAAUGAGUAAUCUAAGUACAAGUGCAGCAAAGCAAGGGUCUACAAGUGGAGCCACCAGUGAAACAGUGAAGGUGAAAACAAUAACACCAACAAAAACCGGCAGUCCAGCAGUGGGGACAUCCACAAGAUUACCAAAGAAACCAGGAAAGUAG